AUUUUUUUUGUUUUAACGACCAACCCAACUCUGUCGUUAUUACUAAAUUUUUCCCAGCAUGCCAUUGCGUUGCCUUGUCAAUGAGGUUCUUUCAAUGAAGGAAACUUUUAGAAAGCAAACUAGUGAUAUGGCUACAAAUAAUUCCGAGGAUAUGGAGGAAGUUGAUAAAAAAGAAUUGGAACUCGUUAGUAUGGAAGAAUUUCCACCUGAGUUGUUAAUUAAACAUCCCCUUCAAAACACGUGGACUCUUUGGUAUUAUGAACAAGAUCGUUCAAAAUCAUGGGAGCAAAGUCAACGUGAAAUUACCAGCUUUGAUACGGCUGAAGACUUUUGGAGUUUGUACAAUCACAUUAAAUGUGCCUCAGAAUUAAGAAGUGGCUCCGAUUAUAGUAUGUUUAAACAAGGAAUACGACCAAUGUGGGAGGAUGAUGCUAAUAAAAGUGGAGGAAGAUGGCUAAUUAAUCUUGAGAAAAAACAAAGAGCCACUGAAUUAGAUCGUUUUUGGCUUGAAAUAUUAUUAUGCAUGAUUGGCGAGGGAUUUAAUGAAUUUUCCGAUGAUAUAUGUGGAGCUGUUGUUAAUGUUAGGCCACGUCAAGAUAAACUCGCUCUUUGGACAGGAGAUGCACAUAGUUCACAGAGCAUUAUGGAAAUUGGACGCAAGUUAAAAGAACGCUUGAGGAUUACGUCAAAAGUGACAAUAGGUUACCAAAUUCACAGUGAUACAAUGGUUAAAACAGGAAGCAUGACCAGAAAUACUUAUACAGUUUAAAAAAAAAAAAAAAAAAGAAUUUAUUUUUUUUUCUGAAAGUUAUCCAAGACUUUGAUUAU